AUGUUUAUGUAUUCAAUAUGUCCAACGUUUUUAACACUUUUAUUUGGCUGUUUGACUGUAAGAAAUAUUCAUCAAGGUCGACAAGUAGUGCCAGUAGUAGUUGGUGAGAAUAAUCGUUCCGCUAGACGUACAAAUAGUCAACUUUUACGUAUUUUAACUAUUCAAGUGAUUAUCAUUGUUAUUGCAACAUUACCUUAUAGCCUCGUGCGAUUCUAUAUAUCCAUUACUGGCAAUAUAGUAAAAGAUGGAGUUCAAAUCGCAAAAGAAAAUUUAGUACUUCAAACAUUUAAUUCAACGACAUAUUUUGCUCAUUCAAGCGGCUUCUAUUUAUAUACAUUACUUGGUAGUGUGUUUAGAAAAGAAGUUGUUAAGAUUAUUACUCGUCAUUUUCCUCACUUCCAUAGGCGAAGAAAUCAAGUAUCCAUUGCAAACCAGAACAAUUAA